AUGGAAGAUAUUAAAACUGAAUAUGGAUUGGUACAAUCAUAAAAUAGAGAAAAUUAAGAUAACUUUGGUAAAUUUUAUUUUUAGCUCUAAGUGCAUUAAUAGAACCAACAUCAACCUUCAUGAAUUUACAUUUGCUAAUAAGUUAUUUAUUAUUGAAAGUUAAGAAGCUUUUUUAGCAACAUAAAGUUCAGAUUUCAUAGAUGAAAUUAUAGAAGAUGAGGAAAUCAUCCUAGUCAAAAAUAGUUAUUUAUAGAGGUUCCUAAUGA